GCCAUCGUGACCAUAGAUUUCAAAAAACCAAAGAGAGGGAAGGUCAAGGUACCAACUACUCCUACAACACCAAUGAAAGCAAAUACAAACAAGCAUGAGCCAUCACCAGAGGAGUUUAACACAUUCCUAAAGGAACUGAAUGACCUUCCUGUUGUUGUCAAUAUUUUGUCAACAGUUUCAGAAUAUUGCACACAGUUUCAACAGGAGCCUGAAACUAACCCGAAUUUGCCAACCCCUUUGACAAGCAUCAAAAUUACUGGCCCAAACAUUUCCAUUAAGGAUGUCCACAAUGCUUACAAAGUGACUCAGGAGGAGUGUGACUUUUUAGAAAAAUCAACCACUCAGCAGUCAGCUUUUAAGCUCUGGUCAGUGCAUCGUGAGGGGAGGAUAACAGCAUCAAUUAUCCAUAGUGUUGUUCAUACCAACCAGGAUCAUCCCAGCAAAUCUGUGAUGCAGGCAAUUUUCCAAGAACAAAACAAACAGCAUGCAAAAUGUGCUGCAACCGAGUGGGGGGUCACCCAAGUAUACGUACAUGUUUGAGUUGAGAUUCAGAUACAGUGUAGGCGAUGAACUGAAUAUGAACAGGAAAUAAGAAACGGUGAAGAUCGUACGUUUUAUGUGUCGCUACAUGUCGGUAGUAUAUAUCAGAUACGGACAUUAGUACUACGACUUUAAAGCGUUCAGCAGAUUUGGAUUAGUAGCACAAAGUUAGCGGCAAAAUGUGAUGAAAACACCGACAUGAAACUGAUGAAAGACACUACUGUACAGAAAGAAAAUGGAACCUGAUACAGUUAAACAGGAACCAGAUUUCUCUAUACAACCAUUACAGGAUGGAGAAAACCUACCUACAAUAUGUCUUAAAGAAGCAAAGUACAAGGGGAAUACUGUUGACAUUCAACCAAGUAGUCAAAAAUCUGAAUGUCUGGAUAUACAUGUUUACAGAAAUAUGGAGUAUGGUGCAAUGAAAUAUCAAGAGAGUUUCAGAGAAACCCCUGACAAAGAUGAACCUGCCAGUGCACUGUUUACUUCUAAGAAGGAAGGUCCAGAUGCUGCAGCAGAAACAGAGAUGAAAAAAACAUAGACAGACAAGAAGAGAAUGUACAAAAUGAAGAAAACUGUGCUUCACUGCCCAGGCAUGAGUUAGAUGGCACCUGUACUGUGAAAGAACAAAAAAAGCCAAAUCCUGAUAAAAAGAUGAAGAAAUUGUUUAUCGACUGCCAGCACAAGUGUCCACCAUGUGAUACAAUGUUCCCGAACAUUUCACAUCUGAUAAGUCAUCUUAAAACUCACAGAAAAAUAAAUAAUCAGAAAUCUAAAAGACUGAGGGCUGCAGAUCUAGAGGACCUGCAGGUAGUUCCAAAGAAAUCGAAAGCUAGCAAUUCCGAAGGUGAAUGUAGAGGUGUCAGUGCAGAUGUGCAAGUGAAACAGGAAAUAGAAACUUUGAAUGAGGAGUCAUGGCCUGAACCAGAAAUCAGCAAAGAGAUGAGACUCAAAUUUCAAGGAAACAAUUACCCUGAUGAGGGACAUGAAAGAAAUGCCGAAUCUUUUUUAAGAAACCAUCAACCAAUUAACACAGAAAAGCAGAUUAGUUGUUGGGAGGAUGAACGUAAGAUUGUGAAAAAGCAACAGAGAUGUUUGUAUUCGUACCAGGGAGAGAACAAAUCCACCGGAACUUUAUAUGGUCAGGAUACGGAUCCAUUGGACAAACUGGAUAUUCACAUCAGGACAGAUACAAAAAAAGUACCAGGCAGCAUCGCCAGUUGUAGUACAGAAUUUAGCAUGACAAACUACAUACAAAAACUCUGUAAGUGCAAUGUAUGUGAUGAUGUAUUUUCUUCACCCGAACUGCUAAGAAGACAUUUCAUGACUGAACAUGCCACUUUAUCUAAGAAAUCAGGUGAUGCAAAGCGAUUAUGUGAGAGUGUUGAGAAUUAUGACACCGAGUCUCCCACUGGAAAAAUACUCUCCACAGAAAAGUUAAUUGCUGAGGAAUUACAGGAGUCGAACCAUAAACAGAAAACCUCUAAUGAAGUCACUAAUGUAAAUUCAGAAUGGGGCAUCUGUGGUGAGAAGUGGAAUUCACAAAGUCAGUACAAAAGCCAUAUAUUGACAAGACAUGCAACAAAGCACAAAGGAAAAUUAGGCAUAUUUUUCAAAUGUAACAUCUGUGGGCAAAAAUGUUCUGGGAAGUAUGUUUUCGAGAGUCACCUGAAAAGACACACAAGCAGGGAAAGAUCAUUCAAGUGUAAUACAUGUGGUAAGAGUUUUUUCCGAAAAGGUGAAUUAGUUAGACACAUGAAGAUUCACACUGGCGUGUUUGAAUACACCUGUGAUAUUUGUAGGAAAGGAUUUCACGACAAGGGAUCUUUACAAAACCAUAUAAGAAAACACAAAUGUGAGGAAACAGAUACAUGUACAAAUUUAAGGAAGAGUUCUAAACCU